AUGUCUGCCGCCGUCCUCACUCGUACUGCAGCCAAGACCGUCGCUCGCAGACCUGUUUCGUUCAUCAUGCAAAUUCGAAGCAUGGGCCGCGCUUUUGAGCACGCCCCUUAUGAGCGGGUUCCAGUCACCGUGAAGCCUGCAGCUCCUGACUAUGUCAAGGAGGUUAGCUUUGUCUUGGGCAAGAUCGUCACCUAUGUUCCUACCUUUGGCCUGUUGCUGGGCUGGCCUGCUCUUGCUAAGUGGGCUGUUGACGGACACGUCUAA